AUGCGACGGUCUCCGUUCAACUUAUUCCUGAUAUGUAUUGCCAUUUGUGACGCGACUCUAAUGGCAACUUAUCUGCUCUUUAAACAUAUUCUCGCUCCAUUCACCAAUGUGUUCUCGCAAAUCCACUCAUACCUAUACGUUUUUCUAUGCGUGGUCGGUGUAUUCGCCAACAUCGCCAUUGUGGUCGUUUUGUUACGACCGGCAAUGCGACGGUCUCCGUUCAACUUAUUCCUGAUAUGUAUUGCCAUAUGUGACGCGACUCUAAUGGCAACUUAUCUGCUCUUUAAACAUGUGGAAUUCUGCCAUCCGUGGUUCUUCUCACAUGUGUGGAUGAUCUACACGAGAUUCUAUGCGAUGUUCUCUGUAUUUGUCCACAGUGCUAGUCUGUGGUUCACUGUAAAUAUGGCGGUCAUGAGGUAUCUAGUGCUCUAUCGAGGAAGUCGUACACAUAGUCGUCUACCGCCGUGUAAUGGUUAUCCAGCCGCUUGUGUGGCUAUCGUGGUCGGGGCCGUGAUAGCUCUCAUCGGGAGCCUUCCGAACAUGCUCCGCUAUAGAAUCAAAUUCGUAAAAGAGAUGCCGGUUCCUGAACGUUGCCUUGAAACCAAAUAUCAAGCCUCGUGGGACGAAUCCGACACCAUCUACAGGUACGACCUGGUGCAGCCAAUAUGGUGGAACUGCCAAUGGGAAAGAAUCAAUUUCUGGGUAGCCGCUUGUGUACUCAAAUUGGUGCCGUGUGUCCUACUGACGGUCUUCAUGACACUUUUAGUACGAAUGCUCAUCGAAGCUCGUGAAAGACGAUUACGGCUUUGUGGAGGUGUCCCUACUGGGAAUUCUCAAGCUGAACGUACAACCGCAAUGCUCACAGGAAUUGUGGCCGUGUUUUUGAUUACAGAACUGCCUCAAGGAAUUCUUGGCCUUGCUGUUGGCAUCAAUCCACGGAUGAUGUUCAUCACACAUCCCCUUGGGAACUUCUUUGAUUUGCUCUCGCUUAUCAACAGCGCUGUCAAUUUUGUUCUAUGUGCUUUGAUGUCUCACGUGUUCAGGAGGGAGUUUCUUCACACAUUCAGUAUGUGCUGUCCGCAGUCAAGUGAAAAUCACAGCGGUGCUCCGAUCACAAAACCGUCCACGAAAACGGUAAUUUUUCUCGAAGAUUCA